GUACAAUAGAAACUUGAGCAGAUGUUGACAACAUAAGUUCAAGUUGCUUGGCCAAGAAAUUGGAAGUCGAGUCUGCCUGGAAGGUCGAGAUGAAGAGCUCCUCGAUAUCCGCACAUCGUGCGGCUGCGGCUCUUCUUGUGGCCAACAUCAUGUGCAAUGGUCCGCAGGGCGCAAACAGCAUCCGGCUGAAUAGCAUGCAGCGACGCUUAGGUGCACGGAGCAGCAUGCGAGCCCUCACCAAGUCUGAUGCAGCUGCCUACAAGUUUCUACGCCGGAAGAUGGCGAAGGUGAUCCAAGAAGGGGAGAAGCCCUACGAGUUCGCACACCAGGACUGCGCGCAAGACUUUUGCAACUUGGAAACGAUGUUUAUUGAAAAGAGCUACUCGGACGGAGAAAAAAACCUUGCUCUGGACCUCUGCAUGGCCGGCUGCGAAUCUUGUGCGGGCGCGAUGAAGCACACCCCGGGGCUGACGAAGGGCAAGUUAUUACAGUGCUUGGUCCAGAGCAACAACAUUGCGAACGGCCAACUUCUUGGAGGCGGGGUUAGUACGGCGAGCCGGCAGCAGCUCGGUCUGCUAGGUUUGGCCGAAAGUCGCGCGGAAGAUAGCGGUGCGCUCGAUGCUUGGCCUGCCAACCGGUUAUGAGUGGAAAAAAAUCUUCUACUUUUUUUAUUCUGGAGGGUUCGCUCAAUGCGGUAUAUUGGGUUAGACCUGAAAUCAGUCUACAUGCAUGAAAACGACGAUCGAAUCAGUAUCAGUAUGCCGAUGCUACUCCCCUGCGUUUGCUUCAACAUAUCCAAAGAUUUUUUUUUUGUUCCACGAAGACCGACACAUAUUGGCUCAGCAGCGUACUACGAACACAUGAAAGAACAGGCCGCAAAGAAGGGAAGUUUUGCUGCGGAGAAGAGCAGCACUGCAGCUUUCAAAAACACGGCAGGAGUAAACAACAAUCGUCUCAAUCGAAAAACGCAGAAGCGAGCGCAUUCGCGAAAGGGAGGUUCGUCACUAGCAAAGCAGGCCAGCCUGAGUACUUCUGCCACCAAAAGCAAAAGCCGGAAAAAGACGAACAAAGUUGUCAGUGCAGCAGCACCUCGGCAAUUGCCCAAAAACCAAAUGCCGCAACCACAGCCUAAUCCAGCAGUAGAUCCGACUAUACACAACGGCAUGCGAACGGACGGCAAUGGCAAGCUGCUGGCGUCUUCCGCACCAGCUCCACCUCCUUUACCUUCCCAAGAAAUCGCAAAACUCGCUACGGCGAAAGUGCAGCCUGCCUGGCAUCCGCCGCCGGAGGACAAAGCGCGCAAGGAGGAGGAGACGCCUGGACAGCUUGGCAAGAUCCCGAUAGUGGAGGAAGUGCCGGACGACGAGAUGAAAGGUCAAGGUGUCGACGACAAGUCCGAUAGCUUGACGAAGCCGCACAGAGGACUUGUUCCCUCUCAGGGCGGUGCUGGAGUUAUUUCUGACAAGCCGGGGGCGCCGCAAACUACCGAAGAUGACAAAACCAAGGACCUCCUGCUUGCGAAACAAAAGCACGGGCAAGAAGCCAAGAAGGGCAUCGAGGAUGACAUGGACAUGGACGAUGAAGAUGAAGAUGUUGACCCGGAGCACCAGGAGCCGACAGAAGAAGAAGAGGAAGACGAGGAAGUGCUAGAGCCUGCACCAGGAGAGGAAAUCGAAGACUCAUCCGAGCCACAAGAGGACGAAUUCGGAGAUGGUGAAUCUGAGCCAGAAGAGCUGGACGAAGAUGAACAAACCGAAGAGGACCCAGAAGUACUGGAAGAUGAAGAAGCAGAAGAAGGCGAAGACGCUGAAACAUCAACGCCAGAAGACACAACCACUCAUCCCGUCGAAGGCACCAUCAAAAUCUCGGGCACUGCGACUGGCAGUGGACUGACCACCGAGCAGCAGGACCAGCUGGACCGCGUGGAGGAGUCGUUGGACCGCGUGGAAAGCUCGGUGCACCACCUCGAGGACUCGCUGGACUCGAUGGGAUCCGGGCUCGAAGACGCGCUGCACACGGUCGGAGAGGGGCUGAUGGGGUACGGUCAUUAUUAUCACCAUGAUGAUGACCACCAUUAUUACGAUGACCACUGGGAUUCUGAUUGCCACCACGAAGACGAUCACUACUACAAUCCUUGGUACAAUCUGCUCGCGAAAAUCAAAACAAAACUUUCUUCGACCCUCGGGAGCAGUGGCCUGGGAGACGAACUCGACUUGGUUCACAAGAAGCAGAAGCAGAAAAGGAGCACUCGCGAUGGUGAUCACGCCGGAGCAAACGGCGCCAAAAAGUCCACAGCAAGUGUCGUGCACGAGGUGGAGGAGGACCACAAGUAGGAAAAUGCCAAGGAUGAAGAUCAUGGUGAAAAAUGUCCAGAAACAACGACAAGAGAGAAUGAUAUUGAACUUGCCAUGGUCGGGGAAAAAUUCCAACCGUGCAGCAGAGAAAGAUGAAAAUCCUCAAAGGAUCAAACCUAAGGAUCAAGCCUAAGGAAGAAGACUUGACGAGAAAAUGACAAAACGGAAAUGAACGUAAAUUUGCAACGUGCAGAACGAACAACCCUUUGUAUGAUGUAGAUGUUAGACUCAGCUGCAGCUCCAUUUUCUUGUUUCCCAAAGAAGUAGUCGCGCACGCGCUCUCGCAAAACAUCAAGACAAGUCAACGUCUAUGACCAGUGCAAGAAUGAACUGACGAGCAUUUUUG